CUGGAAGUCCCAAAAAAAAAAAAAAGAAACCGAGCAACAGCUGCGCGAAAAAGUCGUCACAGCCAAGUCCGCAGCAACGGAGUUCAAUCAUUCGUGCAGAAAAAAGAAGCUUAAAAUGGCACUUUUUUUUCUGUGCUUUGUUCCUGAUCAGACUUUUCUAACAUGACCAAAUCCGCUAAUCACAAUAACAACAGCAACAAGUCAAUGACAAUUCCUGAACGCUUACCCAGAAUGAUUGUCUUUGAUCUUGAUUAUACCAUUUGGCCCGAAUGGAUUGACUGCACCUAUGGUCCUCCUUAUGCGUAUGAUAAAGUCGCUAAUCGCAUUGAAAACAAAUAUGGCGAGCAAUUGAUGUUGUUCAAACAUAUCACGGCCAUUUUUACACUGAUCCGAUCGUUCAAGGAUGUCAAGAUUGCCAUUGCUUCUCGUACAGGUGCUCCUGAAUGGGCUUUGAAUGCAUUGACGUUGCUGCGGGUGCCUGAACUUGGUAACACGACUUUGCGAGAGAAUAUUGAUUUCAUGGAAAUCUAUCCGACCAGUAAACUGCGCCACUUUACGGCCCUAUCUGAGAAAUCCGGGAUUGCAUGCAAGGACAUGUUAUUUUUUGAUGACGAACGACGCAAUGCCGAAGUAAAAACGCUCGGGGUUCACUUUGUUCACGUCGAUGCCCGUGCCGGGGUCACCAUGAAUGUGUUUUACGAAGCCCUCGCUGCCUUUGACAGACAAGCACGAUACAAGCAAACAAGCAUGCGUCAAUUUCUCAACGCAUAAUCGGCAAUCUCCAUCUGGGAUCAUUGGGCAUCCAAUCCAUUUUUCAAACAUACUACAUACAUACAGCAAGCAUACAGAAAAGGAAGAGGCAUUGUUCAGGCCUUUUAGAUGCUCAAGUAUCUCUUUGAAUAGAGAGACCUGAGAAAAGCUUCAAAUAAUGCCCCAAUUUUUAGUUAGAAAUAUUUAUACCAAAUUAUCAUUGUUCUAUCAUCAUAUAAACUUAUUUUAUUCAUCCC